UCCAUGAGGGCAGCCCGUUGGGGGAACUCCAUCGCUGCGUCCGAGACGGUGUCAGGAUCAACGUCCAUAUCCGCACUUUCAAAGGCCUUCGUGGAGUCUGCACAGGGUUUUUGGUUGCAUUUGACAAGUUCUGGAAUAUGGCCCUGACAGAUGUGGAUGAGACAUACAGGAAACCAGUAAUGGGCAAAGCUUUCUAUGCAGAACCUCAGCUCACACUAACCCGGCUGUUUGACAGACUCAGACUGCAGGAUUCCUCAGUAAAGAAGGGAGCCGACUCAAAGACUGUCUCCGAGGAGCUAGCCCUGACAAAUGACUCUCAAACACUGGGACUGAAAGUUGGGUCAGGACGAGGGAGAGCAGAAGAUGCACGUGAGAGGCAGAAACGCUUGGGCAGAGCUGGAGAAAAGAAGGUGCCAGGUGAUGGUUUGCAUCUGGCUGGCAGAGGUGAAGCUGAGGUGGGUGGCGGGACUGCCCACACAGAGGGGGCCAGUGCCGGUGGUGCCCGUGCGAGGAGCCAGUCGCGGAAGAGAAGGCGACCCAAAGUGGAUUAUCAGCAGGUGUUCACACGCCACAUAAACCAGAUUUUCAUUCGAGGAGAGAACGUCUUGCUUGUCCAUUUAGCACAUUGA